CAAUUCUCUCAUUUCAAUCCCUACCCCCCCAUUUACACCAUAACCGACUGAAACCCUUCUCUCUCUCUAAAACUUUCUCUCUCUCUCUCUCUCUCUAUAUAUAUAUAUAUAUAUAUACCAAUUAUUUCCAUCUUCAUGUUUGUAUGUAUGUGUAAUUAAUCGUUUAUGGCGAUCUGGGAAUUUUGUAUAAAGUGAGGAGGAGGAGAAAAUAUAUAUGCAGAUGAGAAGGCAGUUCUCGGGGAAAUUAAGAUACUAGUAGUAUAUGGGUUUUGCAAGUGAUGAUCAGAACAGCUGGGAGCAAGAAAGAAAGCUCUUCACUCUUGCAACUCAUCCUGAUCUCAUGGCGUCCACCAACAAGCCCACCACUAAUAAUAUUGAUGAUGAUCAUAACCUGCAUCAUCACUCCCAAACUCAAAUCCAUCAUCAGCAGAGUAAUCAGAUAUCAUUUGGGAUGAUGCAAUCGUCGUCGUCUUCAUCAGCAGCACCCAUUCCUGGGCCUGCUGGAACCUUCACCAUAAGCAAAGAUGGAGGUGCAUACGACUUGGGAGAACUGGAUCAAGCUCUUUUUCUGUAUCUUGAUAGCCAAGAUCAUCAGUCAGCUCAAGAUCAGCAGAGACAAAAUAAUAGUGGGAUGAUGAGGCCACACACUCUCAACAUUUUUCCUUCACAGCCCAUGCAUGUACACCCAUCUCCAACAACAACAUCAAAGCCGAGUAGUACUGCUGGAUUAGUCUCCCCAGCUACCAGUGCCUCCAAGAGAUCAUCUGAGCCGUCCAUGGAGUUAUCUAACCCUAGAAAUGAUGUUGCUUCUGCUCCCCAACCCGCCAAAGCAGUUAAGCGUGAAGGGAACCGCAAGGGGCCUACCUCCAGUUCAGAGCAAGAAGGCCCAAAAACACCAGACCCCAAGACUCUGAGGAGGCUUGCUCAGAAUAGAGAGGCAGCUAGGAAGAGCAGGCUGAGGAAGAAGGCUUAUGUUCAGCAAUUGGAGUCAAGUAGGGUAAGGCUUACUCAGUUGGAGCAAGAAAUACAAAGAGCCAGAUCUCAAGGAUUUUAUGUAGGAGGAAAUGCUGUUUUAGGAGGAGACCAAGGGAUGUCUGUUGCCAUGGGCAACAUGAACUCAGACACGGCGGUGUUUGAUAUGGAGUACGCCCGGUGGCUGGAGGAGCACCACCGCCUGAUGGUGGAGCUCCGCAAUGCAGUCCACGAACACCUGCCGGAAAAUGAGCUCCGGAUAUUUGUGGACAACUGCUUGGCACACUACGAUCAGAUGAUCAACCUGAAGAGCAUGAUUGCGAAAUCUGAUGUGUUCCACCUGAUUUCCGGCACGUGGAAGACUCCGGCUGAGCGUUGCUUCAUGUGGAUGGGAGGUUUCCGACCAUCUGAGCUCAUCAAGAUAAUAUUGAGCCAGAUAGAGGCAUUGACAGAGCAACAACUGGUGGGGAUUUGUGGGGUGCAGCAGUCAACACAGGAAGCAGAAGAAGCGCUCUCACAAGGGCUUGAGGCUCUCAACACUUCACUCUCAGAAACCAUAACCUCAGACUCACUCACCAUCCCACCCAACAUGAACACCUACAUGGGCCAAAUGGCUCUAGCCAUUAACAAGCUCUCUACCCUCGAAGGCUUCGUUCGACAGGCUGACAACCUGAGGCAGCAAACCCUCCACCGGCUGCACCAAAUCCUGACGACCCGUCAAGCUGCACGGUGCUUCCUGGCCAUCGCGGAGUACUUCCCCCGCCUGCGAGCCCUCAGCUCCCUCUGGCUGGCUCGGCCCCGCCAAGAAUAAUUAGGGAAGGAAAAAAGACAAGUAAAGUAAAACC